AUGGGAAUGACAUUGUACAAUCUGUACGCGUCUUGUGGUUUGUCGACAAUGUAUACAUGGUAUCUGAUCUCACUAAGCUACGAUAUCCCAAUGACGGUCCUUUCUUGCAGCUUGAUACGACGGAUUCUUGGGGUGACGCUCAGCUCAAGCCAUUUAUCACUUCUGCAUGGCGUUCUAAGCACUUUGCAAUUUGCAUUCGGUAUUAUCGGUAUGGAAGAUAUUUGUGGUCCUACAGCUAAACUACCUUUUAUUGUGUCAAUUGUUCUACUACCCGUGGUGCCGUUAUCGAUUCUAAGUGCACUGCUUCUGAACUUACGCAUUCUGUUCUAUUUGUAUCUUGGAGCAAUAAUCAAAAAAGUGAAUGAAGUGAAUUACUGGCAAAAGUGUGUGUAUGGUUUGCUGGCACAAACCCUGAUACCGUGCUUCUUCGUUUUACCGGCUUCAGUGGGUGAAGUAGCUUUCUUCAUCAAUUCUAAAAUCCAUUUUCCGGACGUAUUCUGGAUAGUGAUCAAUGGCUUAACGUGUAUAUAUCUCUCGGUGAAUCCACUCAUUACUAUAAUAGCAGUGAAUCAAUACAAUAAAAUCGUAAAGCAAAUACUUGGAAUAUCACAGAGUCCACGAGCUGCGUUGAGUUCAAACGCUAAGCAAGUGGUUCCCAUCAGUGUUAUUGCUGGACCGAGUGUUUGUCGCACCAUAAACGGUCGUACAUUGUGGCCGGGCAGUGUUCCUCAGAAUACGACCCGCUUCGGUGCCGUUGAACAGCACCAAGUAUUCAUGCGUGAAUGA